AUGUUCCAACAAACUCUCAGAAAAGCCGCCCGGUCGGCUCUCGCAGCUUCCCCUUCCACAUCUGCAUUUGCUCUCCGCCGCACAUCACAGUUGCAAACACGUCUGCCCGCUGCCGUGCGGCCAUUUGCUCCCCGACCUUCCUCCCGAUUCUAUUCCACCGAGAACAAAGAAACUUCUAAGGAAUCUGAGGCGUCCGAAAACACUGAGGCCCAGGACCCCGUCCAGAAGAAGCUCGAGGAGCAGGAGAAGCAGAUCAUUGAGUUGAAGGAUAAAUACCUCCGCUCCGUCGCCGAUGCCCGUAACAUUCAAGAACGCGCUAAGCGCGAUCAAGACAGUGCCCGAAACUUCGCUAUUCAGCGCUUCGCCAAGGAUCUCCUGGAGAGCAUUGACAACUUCGACCGCGCGCUGCUGGCCGUGCCCGUGGAACAGCUCAAUGCCGAGCAAACCGAGGAGAACAAGGCUCUCCACGACCUUGUCGCAGGUCUCAAGAUGACCGAUCACAUUCUCAUGAAUACCCUCCAGAAGCACGGUCUUGAGCGCUUCGAUCCCAGCGAGCUGGUUGAGGGUGCGGCACAGAAGUUCGAUCCCAACCUUCACGAGGCUGUCUUCAUGGCUCCUUCGACUGAAUUGAAGGAUGGUGAAGUCAUGUACACCCAGAGCAAGGGUUUCCGUCUGAACGGACGUACUAUCCGGGCUGCCAAGGUCGGUGUUGUUAAGAAUGCCUAA